UCUGCGUACAAUGCGUGUAUAUGUAGUUAUAUAUGUGACACCCUAAAACCCUUUUCGGGAAGCAAUUUUGGAUUCCCCGCAAUUUCUAUAAAUCCAAUUUCAUUGAAGAAAAAUGUCUCCUUUCGUCAACGGAUUCAUAUUUUGAAUAAACAGUUGAUUGAUUUGGAAUAAUAAAACUCAAAUAGAUCUGAAGUUUUUAGUCCGAUUCGAUUGAGUUCAUGUGUAUAAUAAUUGGGAGUUGAUGGACGGUACGAGUCAACAGAGCCUCGAUCAAUUCCCUUCUAUUUCAUCUGCUGGUGACAGCGGUGUUGAUGAGCUGCAUAUGUUGACUGAACAGCCGCUUCCGCCAAAAGAUGAAAGGAUUGUUUCUAUAAAUCCGUCUCCGGAUGCUUCUAUCUCAGGGUCUUUAAGAAAUGUCAAGGAUCAACGUGCAACCUUGGAAACAAGUGUAGCUGUUACCAAUAUGUAUCCAUUUAAUGCUUAUACUCCACAAGAUCAAGGUUUUCAUUAUGGAGGUUAUGGCAAUGGCACUGGUAACCAGGAUGAACAGUCUAACUAUGUUAAUUCCAACAACUUGCAUGUCAUACCUAUGGCAAUGUACAAUGAUAAUGCAUCUGUCUACUUUCCUCCUGGUUAUGGCUUUGAUUCCCAGAUUGCAUAUGGACAGUUUUCUCCCCUUGCUAAUCCUCUAUCUCCUAUAAUGGUCGACAACCAUCUGUUCUCUCCACACCAAAUGCCUAUAUCUCCAUCAUACUAUCCUCCACCAGUUUCCCACGGCCUGCCACAUGUCACUUCGGCACUUCCAGUUGCACAGUCGGAAUUCGUUCCAUCAGCAAGUAGAGCCCAAGAAAAUCUGAAUGAAAAUGCAGCUUUUGGGCCAGGAUCAGGUUACUAUUUACCUUUCAGAUCAUUUGGUGGAGAUAUAUCUGGAAGUAGUGGGGUUGGUCUUUACAAUAUUUCUAGCGAGUUUGGAUCUGGUGAACCAUUUCCAAAUCAUUCUAGUGCCAUAGAAACUAGCAGGUUCAUGUCUCCAUUGACUUCUGGAACUGUAUAUCCUCACCCAGUUGGUAUACUUGGGGCAUACGAGCAAAAUGUUGCACAGACUCCCAUUCAAGGUUUUGGAUUGCUGUCAAAUUCCUCAGCUAGACAUUAUCCACACAUUUGCUCUUAUCAAAGCACUGGUGGAUCCACUUCUAACCGGAAUAGGUUUCCCACUGACAAAGGCAGAAGACGUGAAGGGGAUCGGGACUCUGCCAGUAUUUCAACUGAUUUGCUGGGUUUCUCAGCAGAUCGUAACCGCGGACCUAGGGAUUCAAAGACAAGAGGAAAAAGUUCCCCAGAAAUGGGCUCUUCCUCUCGCAUUAAUAAAGACAUAAACUCUACUUCUGGGUUUCAUGUUGAUCAGGUCAACUCCCCAGAUUUCAUCACUAAUUAUGAAAAGGCCAAGUUUUUUGUUAUCAAGUCUUUCAGUGAAGACAAUGUUCACAAAAGUAUUAAGUACGGUAUUUGGGCUAGCACACCUCUUGGAAACAGGAAACUUGACGCUGCCUAUCACGAAGCAAAAGAAAUGAAAGACACUUGUCCAGUCUUCCUUUUUUUCUCAGUUAAUGCUAGUGGACAGUUCUGUGGUAUAGCCGAGAUGGUUGGACCAGUUGAUUUUGAGAAUGAUGCUGACUACUGGCAGCAAGAUAGGUGGAUUGGGCAGUUCCCUGUCAAAUGGCAUAUUAUAAAAGAUGUACCCAACACUCAAUUCCGCCACAUACUUAUUGAAAAUAAUGACAACAAGCCUGUUACUCACAGUAGAGAUUCUCAAGAGGUGAAACUUGAACAAGGACUCGAAUUUUUACAAAUAUUCAAGAAUCAUGAUGCUGAUACAUCGCUUCUUGAUGAUUUCAACUUCUAUGAUGAGCGAGAGAAAUCCUUGCUGGAGAGGAAGGCCAAGGAGCAAGCCAGUUCCACUGGAAAUACAAGCUCUCUUGCUGCCGAAUCAAUAAAUCAACUGUCCAAUAACUUGGCCAAUACCCUGGGGUGGGAAGGUGGUAAAAACAUUUCCCAUCCUGAAUUAGAGUAAGCAUGCACUCGACUUUACCUGAUAUAAUGCAUGGAGGAGUUGAGUGCAAUUCAAACGAGGAUCUUUUCAGGUGGUAUCUUUAACCUCAGACCAUCCCUCUUCUCCCUCCCUCUCCUUGGCUCCGGCCCCUCCAUAAAAGAAAAAGACUGGUUAGUUGAUAUUUGGAAUUCUUGAAGGGGGACAACAGUUUGGAAUCUGGGAUUCUUUUCUUUCUUUUUUUUCCUCAUUUUCACUUGUCGUUUAAUAGUGGGCAUCUAGAGCUGAGUACAUAGCGUAGGAGGGUUGUGGAUAUUACGUACUUGAUGCUUAUGAUUUGUACUUCUAGCUUUAUUAAAUUUAUGCAGGGCAAUUAUUUCCAGCUUCUGUGUAGCAACAAUUUGUAACAGUCCCAAAUGGGUGGAAGCUAAUUCAAGGAAUGCACAAAAUACAUGAUUUACAGAAAUUAAUUAAUAGUUUUUCCUUGUGUAUUGUACAAGAUUUUAGAUAACAGUUGAAAAUUAGAUCA